AUGCAGUUCCAGUGGGCACUUCUGCUCUUUUCAUUUCUCCAAUAUAAACAAACAACCCCUCCUUGGUACGGACCAGCUACUUCCUCAUUUUCCCCUGCUAUUUCGACACCGAGAAACCACCCAAUUCUCGAUUUCACCACAAAUUUUGCCUGGGGUGAUAACAAAACGAUCUAUCAAAGUAUGGACUUUUCACAGUACGGCGAGCCGGCCCCAGAAUGGACGUCUUAUGUAUCUGCGCAUCCCAUCAUAGACCAGCCAUGGAUCAGGCCACCUGAAGGAGAAUCUCUCACUGAGAUGCAUAUUGCUGGAAACAAUGCCAGAGCAGCGCAUGAUCUGGUUAUAUUGAAAGCGCACGGCUUGGAGGGAAAGUAUUCGAGUCAAGAUGUUAUGGUCGAGACUCGCCAUGGUUCGACUAUUCCGUUGAGGAUAUAUAUCCCUAAUGUCACGCCUGCUCUUUUAAACAGUACGAAAGGGCGGCCAAUCUACGUCUACUUCCAUGGAGGCGGUUUUCUGCAUGGAUCUAUCGACACUGAACGCUCUGUAUGUGCCUCAAUCGCAACGAAGCUCAAUAUAAUGGUCGUGCAUAUUAGUUCGCGCCAUAUCCAUCAAGUCAAAUAUCCAACCCCGCAUCAUGAUGCCUCGGAUGCGAUCAAAUGGCUUCUUGAUAACGCCGGUACUUACGGCGGUGAUGUCGGCAACAUUGUCAUCGGUGGCAUCUCGUCCGGUGCGAAUCUGGCUGCCUAUGUGGUGCAGCAGUUCUCAACAUCAGCUGCCACUGCCAGACACAGAAAAAACCGCGCGGUUCGAAUCAAAGGGCAGGUUCUCAUGGUUCCAUGGUUGAUUCAGCCCAACGCAUUUCCUUAUGAUCAGUUUGUCGAGAAGAGCAGGACUUCACUAGUCCAGUGUGCAGGUGCUCUUGGCCUAUCUGCGGAGAGACUCAAGUGGCUAUCAUCUCUUCUGGAAGCUGAAAACAUCGCCGAUCCAGUCAUCAAUCCGGCCCUGGCCAACGACAAGAUCUUGAGCAGCCUACCAAGGACAGCCAUCAUCACGGCGGGCGGUGAUCCGCUACGAGAUGAUGCACUUCUCUAUUCCACCAGGUUGGAGAAGGUUGGAGUCCAAACCAAGGUCCAUGUAUUCCCCGGGAUGCCACAUCAUUUUGGAGUAUAUCAACUGCCCCAUCCACAUAUAGCUUACGAACUUCGAUCAGCCAGUGUCUUUCAGAGCAGAAUAUUUGAGUCUAUUGAGUGGGCGCUCAGGGAUGGAGUUGACGAGGCGGGCAAUGCAUGGAUUGUCGAAGAAACGGCUUAG